CAUACCAUUAGUAUCAUUCAUGUUCUUUCAGAAAAAGGAGGCAGGAAGAGUCAGACUCCUCACUAGACGUAGAAGAGCUCUCAUCCUUUUCACUUGCACCCUCAGAUUCUUUAGUUUCUGCAUCCUCUGUUUCUACAUCUUCGAGGAAUUUUAAAAUCACUCACGGGGACAUUGACCGAAUCUUCAAUUUGGACUUCAGGUUUCUUCUUCUUGGGCGACAAAGAAGUUUUUUUUGGUAGCUUUUCGUGCCUUACUCAUGGCAAAGACGGUCUACGCUAACAGAAAACUCAGCACCUCCAUGGAAGCAGAAACUUUGGAGAAACCUACCUUGUUGUAGACCAUAGGACAAUGAAAGUCAAUGAUUCCUUUGAGGGAUAUGAUCUCCUUUGAGACGGAGCAGUUCGGAGACGAAGACCCGCCGUCACCUAGAGGCCAUUACAUGUAGUCGCUGAUAGAGAAGUACGGGUUGAGAAUUCGGUGAAGGGAGAUUGAAUGAAUACUCCAGCUAAGGUAGAGGAGCAGGACCUGGCAUGGCAGCUGGGAGGAGCGCAGCAGAGCAGGAGGGAGUACACGGCGGAGCAGGCAUAAGGGAAGCAACAAUUGAAGAAGCAUCUGGCCGGAGGAGAAUAGACCAGAACAAGGGGUUCCUUCAACUUAACAAAUUACGGAGUACAAUGAAAGAAAGAGGGUAAAAUAGUAAUUUUGCAUUUUUUCUCCUCUGUUAAGGAGAGCAAAACCCCCCGACUCUAAACCCCCAAAACCCUAGAAGCGUCUAGACCCUUCUUCUCUCUGCAUUUACAAUAUAUACGCCUCCACUGCUCAUCAUCAUCAUCCUCAGUUCUGUUCUGUUCUGCUGCUCUCUACCCCCGCAUUUGUUUUGACUAUCUCUCCUUCUCGGCAUCAAAUCUCUCAAUAAAGCCAUGUAUCGCUUCGCAGCAAAUCUUGCCUCUAAGGCCAGAGUCGCCAAGAACUGCGGUCCACAGGUAAGUGGUAGGUUAAGUUGGAACAGAAACUAUGCUGCUAAAGAUAUUAGAUUUGGAGUCGAGGCUCGAGCCCUGAUGCUUCAGGGAGUAGAAGAGCUCGCUGAUGCUGUUAAAGUCACCAUGGGUCCAAAGGGACGCAAUGUUGUGAUUGAACAAAGCUGGGGUGCACCAAAAGUAACAAAAGAUGGUGUUACUGUUGCUAAAAGUGUAGAGUUCAGCCACAAAGUAAAAAAUGUUGGAGCGAGCCUUGUAAAACAAGUUGCUAAUGCUACCAAUGAUGUUGCCGGCGAUGGUACAACCUGUGCAACGGUUCUCACACGAGCCAUAUUUGCUGAAGGAUGCAAGUCUGUUGCAGCUGGUAUGAAUGCAAUGGAUCUGAGACGUGGUAUUUCCAUGGCUGUUGAUGCUGUUGUAACAAAUCUGAAGAGCAGAGCACGCAUGAUUAGCACAUCUGAGGAAAUUGCUCAGGUAGGAACAAUCUCCGCAAACGGAGAAAGAGAGAUCGGGGAGCUAAUUGCCAAGGCUAUGGAGAAAGUUGGAAAGGAAGGUGUAAUCACAAUUCAAGAUGGGAAGACCUUAUUCAAUGAGCUAGAAGUUGUGGAGGGGAUGAAACUAGACAGGGGCUACAUCUCUCCGUAUUUCAUUACAAACCAGAAGAAUCAGAAAUGUGAGUUGGAUGACCCUCUCAUUCUAAUCCACGAGAAGAAAAUAUCAAGCUUAAAUGCUAUUGUGAAAAUCUUAGAGUUGGCUUUGAAGAAGCAAAGACCACUGUUGAUUGUAGCUGAAGAUGUAGAUAGCGAUGCACUUGCAACACUCAUCCUAAACAAACUUCGUGUUGGGAUCAAGGUCUGUGCCAUAAAAGCCCCUGGCUUUGGAGAAAAUAGGAAGUCAAAUCUUCAAGAUCUUGCCACUCUAACCGGUGGCCAGGUUAUAACUGAAGAGCUCGGGUUGAACAUUGAAAAUGUUGAUUUUGAACUGCUUGGAACAUGCAAAAAGGUCACUGUUUCAAAAGAUGACACCGUUGUUCUUGAUGGCGCAGGGGAGAAGAAGACUAUUGAGGAAAGAUGUGAACAGAUUAGGUCAGCAAUCGAAUUGAGCACAUCCGAUUAUGACAAGGAGAAGUUGCAAGAAAGAUUAGCUAAGCUCUCUGGUGGUGUUGCCGUUUUAAAAAUUGGAGGUGCAAGUGAAGCAGAGGUUGGUGAGAAGAAAGAUAGAGUCACCGAUGCUUUAAAUGCCACAAAAGCCGCCGUUGAAGAGGGAAUUGUCCCAGGUGGCGGUGUUGCGCUUCUCUAUGCAUCCAAAGAAUUGGAAAAGCUACCCACUGCCAACUUUGAUCAGAGAGUUGGUGUUCAGAUUAUUCAGCAUGCCCUCAAGACACCCGUGUAUACAAUUGCGGCCAAUGCCGGAGUAGAGGGUGCGGUUGUGGUUGGCAAGUUGUUGGAGCAAGAAAACCCUGAUCUUGGUUAUGAUGCCGCAAAAGGUGAAUAUGUUGACAUGGUCAAGGCUGGAAUUAUUGACCCGUUGAAAGUGAUCAGAACGGCGUUGGUUGAUGCCGCAAGCGUGUCUUCCCUAUUGACCACCACAGAAGCGGUGGUGGUUGACCUUCCCAAGGAGGAGAAGGAUACUCCCGCCAUGGGUGGUGGCGGAAUGGGCGGCAUGGACUAUUGAUGAAUUGCAAUCCUUCACAGUCUUCAACUCCUGCGGCAUUCUUGCAGACAUGUAAUUGCAUCGCCCACAUAAAUAAGAGCUGUCUGGUGUUGUCUCUGCCAUUUACAGGGAGGGCAUUUUUCUUUGUGUAAUUUUUAUUUAUCUGUUUGGAAGAAAAUUUGAUGGUUUUGUUAGGACGAACAAAGCUGUAAUUCUUUCCUCUCUUUUUUUUUUUCCUGUUGAGAGACUCAUUGUUCGGCAUCUGUGUGACCAAUUGCUUACCCUU